UAUUGAUUAAAUAAUCAUAGAAGAGGGUAUAGGCAGAGAAGAAAAGAGCCCAAAGAGAAAAUUUCAAAGAAGAAGACUGGUCAGGGAAGACAGAAAUAAUAAAAGAAGCAUCCUGUGAAUGUCCUAGAUUCCAUGGCAGCUACAGGAGAUUUGGCUGGCUGGCUGGAAUGUACAAAGGCAUGGCAGCAGGAAAGCCAUAUGCCAGUACUCAGAGGUCAGGAAGUAGAAAUCAACCAGUUUGCCUGGAAUACUUGUAUUGUCAAAAGUAGAAGUUACAGUUGGAAGGUUAGGGGGAGAGGAGUUAGGUUAAUGGCCGACUCUAAAAUUUUGUUAGAAAUUAUGCUACGUUGUAUAGCUAACAUGUUAAAACUAUUUCUUUGAAGUAGUUUGAAACAUCUCAAAAUUAGGAGAUAGAUCUUACAUUAAAAUAUUGAUUUGGGCUUCUCUUUAAAAGUUUCCUACCGGGCCCAUAUUCCCAGGUUAAAAGCAGUGCUUUAGAAAACUCAAUCUGUUGAUUUUAUGCAGAAUGGAUUUACAAAGAAAGAGGGGUACAGGCAAGGACAAGAAUGAGAAGCUUAUUGCAGGAGUCCACACAUGAGUUAAGGCCUGAACCUCAAGUAUGGAAAAUGAGGGACCUUGUGAAGAAAAGAAUCAUGGAAUGUGGUGACAAAUUACAUAUGGUGGCCCAGGAAAGGUUAAGAGGUAAAGGUUACUUAGAGUUUGAGCCUGCAGAAAUUGUAAUAUCAUCAAUAUUAGAAGAAAAGUAAGGAAAAGAAAAAAGAUGAGAAAAAUCAGGAGAGAUAAGAUGAAAUCACUCUCAGACCCUUUACAUUUUUAUGUUACUGUGUUGUAGGCAGUUAGCAAGGGCAGGAUGGAGAAUGGGGAGGAGGGGCUGGUCAGAGAUAAACAUUGGGAAGUCAUCUAUGCAGAAGUAACUUUGGGGAGGCUUAGAAAUGUAUGAUGGUUUUAUAGGGAAAUGUAGAAUGAGAAAGGAACAUAGUGGAGGAGUGAGCUUUGGGAAAGAGACAUAGUUGGGGGAAAGUAGCAGGUAGAGAACUUAUUGAAGGAGAAAAGAAGCAGAUGGAAAGGUAAGGAGAGAUCCAGGAUAGUAUCACAUGGGCCUGGAGAAGAAUUCUAGGAAAAAGGCAAUAUAAAUGGUGUCAAGCUGUAAAGAGGUCAAGGAGAAUGAAGACUGAGCAAAAGUUCAACUUGGUAACAAUUGAAGUUGGCAACUGAAUCAUUAGAGACCUUCAAGACUACUUCAAGAUCUUCAAGAGAGCAGAAGCCAGACUACUAUUUGUGUUGGCAUGGUCUCACCUAUCAAUGACCUUCCCGGUGCAGACACAUCUUCAUAUGUGAAGGGAGAAAAACUCACCCGCUGUAAACUUGCCAGCCUGUACAGACUUAUGGACUUGUUUGGGUGGGCACACCUGGCAAAUACAUAUAUCUCAGUAAGAAUAAGUAAGGAGCAAGACCACAUUAUUAUAAUUCCCAGGGGCCUAUCUUUUUCUGAAGCCACAGCCUCCAAUUUGGUGAAAGUCAAUAUAAUAGGAGAAGUGGUUGACCAGGGAAGUACUAAUUUGAAAAUUGACCAUACAGGAUUCAGUCCCCAUGCUGCAAUCUAUUCAACACGUCCUGAUGUGAAGUGUGUGAUACACAUCCAUACCCUUGCAACAGCAGCUGUAUCCUCCAUGAAGUGUGGGAUCCUUCCAAUUUCUCAAGAGUCCCUUAUCCUGGGAGAUGUCGCCUAUUACAACUACCAAGGAUCUCUUGAUGAACAGGAAGAGAGAAUUCAACUGCAAAAAGUUCUUGGGCCAAGUUGUAAGGUGCUGGUCCUCAGGAAUCACGGUGUGGUAGCACUUGGAGAAACAGUGGAGGAGGCUUUUCAUUAUAUUUUUAAUGUGCAGAUAGCCUGUGAGAUUCAGGUGCAGGCAUUAGCAGGGGCAGGUGGAGUAGACAAUCUACUUGUGCUGGACCUUCAGAAGUAUAAACCUUCUACUUACACUGUAGCAGCAUCUGGAGGAGGCGGCGUGAAUAUGGGCUCCCAUCAAAAAUGGAAAGUUGGCGAGAUUGAGUUUGAAGGGCUGAUGAGAACUCUGGACAAUCUGGGGUAUAGAACAGGCUACGCUUACAGGCAUCCUCUCAUUCGAGAGAAGCCAAGACACAAGAGUGAUGUGGAAAUCCCAGCAACUGUGACUGCUUUUUCCUUUGAAGACGAUGCGGUGCCCCUCUCUCCUCUCAAAUACAUGGCGCAGAGGCAGCAGCGUGAGAAAACAAGGUGGCUGAACUCACCCAACACCUACAUGAAAGUGAAUGUGCCUGAGGAGUCUCGGAACGGGGAAACCAGUCCCAGGACCAAAAUCACAUGGAUGAAAGCAGAGGACUCCUCUAAAGUUAGCAGUGGAACACCUAUCAAAAUUGAAGAUCCAAAUCAGUUUGUUCCUUUAAACACUAACCCAAACGAGGUACUAGAAAAGAGAAAUAAGAUUCGGGAACAAAACCGAUAUGACUUGAAAACAGCAGGACCACAAUCUCAGUUGCUUGCUGGAAUCGUUGUGGAUAAGCCUCCUUCUACCAUGCAAUUUGAUGAUGACGAUCAUGGCCCACCAGCUCCUCCUAACCCAUUCAGUCAUCUCACAGAAGGAGAACUUGAAGAAUAUAAGAGGACAAUCGAACGUAAACAACAAGGCCUAGAAGAUGCUGAGCAGGAAUUAUUCUCAGAUGACGCUUCAUCUGUUUCACAAAUUCAGUCUCAAACUCAGUCACCGCAAAAUGUCCCUGAAAAAUUGGAAGAAAACCAUGAGCUGUUUUCCAAGAGCUUCAUCUCCAUGGAAGUGCCUGUCAUGGUAGUAAAUGGCAAAGAUGAUAUGCAUGAUGUUGAAGAUGAGCUUGCUAAGCGAGUGAGUAGGUUAACUACAAGCACGACCAUAGAAAACAUCGAGAUUACCAUUAAGUCUCCAGAAAAAAUUGAAGAAGUCCUGUCACCUGAAGGCUCACCUUCAAAAUCACCAUCCAAGAAAAAGAAGAAGUUCCGCACUCCUUCUUUUCUGAAGAAAAACAAGAAAAAGGAGAAAGUUGAAGCCUAAAUAAAGUCUUUUUAUAAUUAUUAUUAUUACAAUGUGACAUUGCACAUUUCAAUACCACAUUUGAGUUGAGAUUAAUAUGCAGUGGUAGAUCAGAUUGGGGGUGUGUAGCAAACUGGACUUUAAGAACUGGAAAGAGGUUUUACUAAAAGAAAAACAUAUUAUGAAAAAAACUUUCAUCUCUCAUUUUAUAUGUCCAAAAAGUGACUUUGAAUUUUUAAACAAUUGCUAGUUUUAAUUAACUCUGCCCUCAUGAAGUAUAUUAUCGUCACCACAAACAGAUAUCUGUCUGAAUUACUUCAGGCCUUCUCCAUAAUAUCUGUUGGAAAGAAAUUGCCAGUGAACAAGUGAGAAUUUUUAUUUCUCAACAUCUGUUUCACUUGGUAAUCAGAUUAUAAUUUUUUAUCAUAAUUUUUGACUGUAUCUUUUGGGUCCCCAUUGUUUCAAUGGGCAUUAACAGAAUGCUUUAAAAGCUUCUCAGACAAGAAUCUAUAGCAUUAGUAUACACUGGCACAUAAUUUUUUUAAAAGUUUUAAGAAAAGAUUCAUUUGGAAUUUUAUUCACAGUAUAAAAUUUCCUCACCUGAAGUAAACUUGUUUGCCAAAAAAAGCCGUUUUAGUAAACUAUAAUUUUUGCAAACUUCCUUUUUUUAUUAGUUUAGAAAGCCCCUUAUUUUUCAACAAGGGGGAUUUUGUACACAUAACGUGGGUUAUUUAGUUUAACUCUGGCAAAAACAAUUUUUGUAUGUUAAGAUGUUUGUAUACCAUUCAGUAUAAAAGUGUCCUAAGCAUAUUAGCCAAUCAUUUAACAGUAGAGCAUAUUUAAGUCUGCUUGGUACUGAGUAUACUUAAAUAUAAUUCAAGAAUCCAGGGACUUGGUAUCAAAAGGGGAUUAGAGCAUAUAAAGGUACAUCUAGAUUCAUAUUUGAAUCUUAUACUUUAUUUUUCUUAGUAUUGCUAAUGAAUAAAGAAAAUCUCAUAAGGUAACCAAAUGAAAAAGAAUGAAAGGGAAAGUGAAAAGGGAACAAAAGGUGGAAUGUGAAAAGAAGAAUCUAGUUUGAUAACAACUCAUAUGCACAAUAUAGUGUGACUUAUUCGAAACAUGUCCCAAAUUUCUAAAAUUCUGUUUUUCUGCCAGAAUCAAUGACUUGCUUGGUUGAUAUUUGCAUUUUAAAAGGGUCAUUUCCUUCUAACUUGUGUUAUCUUUAGAGGGCAGCACUAGAAGAAAUCAGUGGAUCUAAUCCUACCAAUGAGAAAAAAACUACCACUUCUUCAUUUUUACAGAUUUUAAAAAAGUAUCUUCUCAGUUAAUUUUCUCUCUAAUGUAAAUACAAAUUUAAACCUAAGCGUAAUAUAAGCUUUUCCCUCUUCACCCAAGUGAUGUCAUAAAUCAACGUAAAAUCAAUAAUCCAAAAUGAUCCAUGGGUAAAAAUAACCCAGAGCGUUUUUGGAGGGCGAGCUGGCAUGCAACAGUGACAUUGAUUACAGUGUGUCCUGGGGCUGGUUCUGUCUGACUGUGUGUGUGACCAUGCAAAGUUGAAACGGAGCCUGGAAAUGUCAUUCUAGAUCUCAAACUAACUACUGGAAUUAGUGUUUUAAUCUCUUAGUGGAAACUUUCAGUUGCUUAACUCUGUAUUUGAGAAUUUUUUUUUUUUUUACGUUCUACAUCAUUUAUGUUGUAUUACAAUGUAUGUAGAAACAGUAACCUGUGAACUAUGCUUUUCCAUAACUUUUUAAAAAUAUAUAUAUCUAAAUGAAUGCAAUGUGCAUAAAUAUUUUUUAAACGCAACAGUGAACUAUUGCACCUUUUGCUAAUGCCUCUAUUUACUUGCUUUGGCAUAAAGAAUGAGCCAAUGAACCUCUGUGUCCUGUGGAAAAAUGUAUAAAUGUUAUCUGAUAUUGCUCUUAGAUGUAAUGCUAAUUAAUGUUAAAUCACAAAUAAACAGUAUUUUAAAUAUA